CUUAAAUCCUUCCUACCUUACUACAUACUUAAUUGGAGGAAUCAUUACGCGUCUAAACGCCAUCAAACCCACGACGUCCAAAGAACCAGGGUGGGCACUUUGCGGAGGGUUUGUGUCGAGAAAACCCAGAGUCUUUGUUUUGACGGUUCUUGAAAUCCAAAACAGAUCCAAUUCCAUAACUUUUAACGUCUUUCAACUAUCUGAAAACCAACAUCACCAUUCUACAUUUUAACAAAAACCCAUUGCAGAAACCCUCUAAACAAUCCAAUGACGUCAAGUUCCAGCGCAAAAACCCUGGUCAAAACCAUCCUCAAAACCCCACAAACUCUGAAAACCAAAUUCCAAGCCAAGCAACUCCAUGCCCAAUUCCUCAAAACCCAACCCCACUCUCCCUCUUCAACUUCCAUCCUCAUUUCCAUCUACACAAAUUUCAACCUUCUACAAGACUCCCUCUUUCUCUUCAACUCCCUUAGCCCACCUCCACUUCCUGCUUGGAAAUCCAUCAUCAAAUGCUAUGCAAACUCUGGCCUUUUUCUAAACUGCUUAACUUGUUUUAUCCAAAUGCGUGGUUUUGGUAUAUGCCCAGAUCAUAAAAUGUUCCCUUUUGUUCUUAAAGCUUGUGUCUUUUUAAAGAACUUGAGGCUGGGUGAGUCUAUUCAUGGUUGUAUUAUUAGGCUUGGAUGGGACUUUGAUUUGUUUACAGGAAAUGCCCUUUUGAAUAUGUAUGCAAAAUUUCAAAGCUUAGAAGUGAAUGGAGGAUAUAAAGUUUUCACCUUUAAUAUGCUUGAUGGAAUGCCAAAAAGUGAUGAACUUUGUGAGAGAUUGGCUCAAGAGAAGGGCAAAAGUGUUAUUCAAUUGGAUAGUGUGACAAAGGUUUUUAAGAUGAUGCCACAAAGGGAUGUCGUUUCAUGGAAUACGGUAAUUGCGGGGAAUGCACAAAAUGGAAUGUAUGAAGAAGCUUUGAAGAUGGUUAGGGAAAUGGGGAAUGCUAACGUGAAACCUGAUUCAUUUACUUUGUCCACCAUACUUCCUAUAUUUGCUGAGUAUGCGGAUAUCAUGAAAGGAAAGGAGAUUCAUGGAUAUGCUAUUAGACAUAGGUUUGAUUCUGAUUUGUAUAUAGGUAGUAGUCUGAUUGAUAUGUAUGCCAAUUGUGCUCAGAUUGAAGAUUCAUGCCAUGUAUUUAAUCUGUUGCCUCAAAGAGAUGAUAUUUCUUGGAAUUCGAUUAUUGCAGGGUGUGUACAGAAUGGUAUGUUUGAUGAAGGUCUGAAGUUAUUUCGUCAAAUGUUAAUGGCUAAAGUGACACCAAGAGAAGUUUCAUUUUCUAGUGUUAUGCCGGCUUGUGCUUACUUGACAACACUGCAUUUAGGAAAGCAACUUCACGGUUACAUAAUUCGGGGUAGAUUUGAUGAUAAUGUGUUUAUAGCCAGCUCACUUGUUGAUAUGUAUGCCAAAUGUGGAAACAUCAAGGCAGCUAGGUGGAUUUUUGAUCAAAUGGAACACCAUGACAUGGUUUCAUGGACAGCGAUAAUCAUGGGACAUGCUUUGCAUGGACAUGCCUACGAUGCCCUUUCAUUAUUCGAGCAGAUGGAAAAGGAUGGGGUGAAACCCAACUAUGUAUCUUUUAUAGCUGUCUUUACUGCUUGUAGUCAUGCUGGAUUGACAGAUGAAGCUUGGAAGCAUUUCAAAAGAAUGAGCCAGAAUCAUGGUAUUACACCUGGCUUGGAACACUAUGCUGCCAUGGCAGACCUUCUUGGUCGUGCAGGAAAGUUGGAGGAAGCUUAUGAAUUCAUCUCUAGCAUGCAUAUUGCACCUACAGGCAGUAUUUGGUCAACGCUAUUAUCUGCAUGUAGAGUCCAUAAGAACCUUGAGUUGGCUGAAAAGGUUGCCAAAGAAAUAUUUAAAAUUGAUCCAGGGAAUGUGGGAGCUUAUAUUCUGAUGUCAAAUAUGUAUGCAGCUGCUCGUAGAUGGAAAGAUGCAGCAAAGAUGAGAAUCUUUAUGAAGAAAAAAGGCAUAAGAAAGGAACCAGCUUGCAGUUGGAUAGAAGUUAAAAACAGGGUUCAUACUUUUAUAUCUGGAGAUAAAUCACAUCCUCUUUAUGACAGAAUAUUUAAGGCAUUGAAAGAUCUUAUGGAGAGGAUUGAACGAGAAGGGUAUAUUCCUGAUACAAAUGAGGUUUUCCAUGAUGUUGAGGAGGAGCAGAAGAAGUACUUGCUGUUUAGCCAUAGUGAGAGAUUAGCUUUAGCUUUUGGCAUCAUUAGCUCUCCUGCUGGGACAACAAUUCGAAUAACCAAGAACAUUCGUGUUUGUGUGGACUGCCACACAGCUAUAAAGUUCAUGUCAAAGAUUGUUCAAAGAGAGAUAAUCGUGAGGGAUAAUAGCAGAUUUCACCAUUUCAAAGACGGAGAGUGUUCAUGCAGAGAUUAUUGGUAACAGGCCGAAUAUGAAAUGAUGUUGAGAUCCAAACCAUUGAUCAUCUACAGGUUGAGGGACCAAUAUGAUAUGCUGUUUUCACUCUUUGAGCAUGGGAGAAAAUUGCCAUGAGAAUCUAUGUGGUAUUGACCAAAUGAAAUUCAAACUUUUAUGCGAUUAUGGAGUUAAGGAGAAAAUAAACGAAGUCUUGUUUGCAAGGAACAGA